AUGGAAAGUGAUGGAGAGAAAGUGAAGGUGGACCGAGAAUCUCUCAAGCGAAGCAGAAUGGAGUUCGAAGACGAUGGGCUAACGGAGGAUGGCUCUGAAUACAAUGGUAUAGAUGAUUCCGAGGAAGAAGAAUGGUGGAAGGAAGAUGAUAGCGAAGACCUGGGUCAUGAACAGGACAUUGAAGAGCACGAGUAUACCACCUCCGGCGGCACGGCACGAACGGUGAGGAUUCGGCUCUUUUUGACAAAUGAGGCAGAUGAGGAAACGGACAAAUCUAGUUGGAUGAGAAACUUUGUCGCUGAAUGUACUUGUGACGGCGUCGUUGUCGCUACCGCUCUGGCUCGGUAUAUCCAUCGAGAGGCUAUGCGCUCUGAAUUCUGGGAAAAGAUGGAAGUGCCGAGCGAGGAAACAUGCGAUGUAGCCUUCCAUGUCUUUGAUAGAUAUGGAACAGUCAAGGCUAAGUAUAAAGACCACCCAGUCCAAAAAGGAACUGGGGUAUGGGGAAAUGAGCUUGAUCACGGCCCUCUUUUCCUGAUCGAAAAUCUUCACAUCACAACACUGAAUCUGCGUCGGAAAGGUCUGGGCCAGAAGAUAGUGUCCUUACUUUUGAACAAAGCCAGGCUGUUCUGUCUAGACGACAAGCCAGACGGGGAACAUGCUGAUUAUGUUUACGGUUCCUCUGAGGCCUUUGAGCUAGCAUGGACUCUGCAUGCUCUAGUCAGUCCCGGAAUACUAACAGCUGAUACCAAAUCGCAGUUAGUGGGCAAGUCUGCAGAAGAACGCUUGACGACCCGGGCUCGAAUUCAGUCCGGCGUUAUUGACUUUUGGCGAUCGUGCGGCUUUCGCCGAAUCGGAGCAUCUCGGUGUUUUGCAUUUUCGUUCGAUAGCCAGCAUCAGUCUCGGACUCUUGCUGCUUCUUCUGAUUUCGACCUGCGUAGAAGCGAUGCUGAAGAUCUUGAAAUAGAACAAUUUGAAGUCAGAUAUGAGAGGGAUCCCUUUACUGAUGUGAAGGAAAUGAGAAUGAAAAGACUUCGUGACGCAUUGCCGCUGCAUCAUGCAGCCCUCACUCUGAUGGACGAAGAGCUCAAAGCCUUUUUCGCCGCUCAUGCCGACGACAAGAUUGGCUGGGAUCGAGUGAGCAACUCUGAAGCCACACUUCUGCAUUUGACAGCUUGCGAGUUCAAGCCCCUGAGUACACAGUGGCUACUUGAGAAUGUCCGCCAUGCCGACUGCUGGAAGACGGCCCGUAAUAUUGACGGGUACACACCGCUCGAAGCAUUGCAGGAGACUUUAGAGACAAUGCGAACGCGAAAGGGAUACGGCCUUUUCAGGGUCUUGCACAUAUCAGACCACUUUGAAGGGUACCCUGAGGCCGCAGUGUCCUGUCUUUCCUUACUAUCCGGGCGGGAUGCUUUGGACUCUAAUAGAGCAUGCCUCCGCUACGGGUGUACAUGCGGAGGGUGCCUUAAAGGAUUUCUAUCCGCACGAAUGAGGAGCUCUUUGAUUUUUCAGGGCGAAUUUAUGUACGACCACAUGCAGGAUGGAAUUAAUGAUGGCGGCUUCUGGGUGGAGUUCAACGACUUCAGGCUCAAGCAUCUCGAUUUCGAUGUGCGAAAGAACCUCAAAACCAACAAGUCUCUUCGAAAAGGUUUUGUGAAGAGUUUCCAAAUUGCGGUGGAAUGUCUGAAGGCAAAGAAAGUUCCCACCGCGGAGACUCUUGAGUGGUGCCGUAAGAACCGGAGCGAGUGGCCACCAGAUACCAAGAACUACCUGCGACGCACUGGAACGCAAAUGGGCUGUCGAGCAGUGCUUCUUUACAUGUUCGACGCUGCUAGGGAAGAGGAUAUAAAAGCAGGUGACGGAUUGUGUCAGCGCACAUUGAAGAAAGAAUGGUCAGACCUACCAACUUGUCGGAACGAUCAUGAGUUCGGCUUUGUUGCCAGGGCUUGUGGUUACGGCGGGGACAAUUUCAUUUCGUUACCAUGCUGGUAG